AUGGCAAGUGAAACUUUCGAACAGAGGAUAGAGAGGGCGUGUAGGGAUAAAGAGAUUCCUGGGGUCCUCAUGGUUGCGGAUGAUAGAGAAGGCAACUUCAGAUAUGAGAAAGUUUUUGGAAGCCGCUCUCUCAAGGACCCUUCCAAGUCUGACCCUAUGACCAAAGACGCCACGAUGUGGAUGGCAUCCUGUUCCAAGUUUCCCACCUGUGUUGCAGUUAUGCAGUGUGUCGAGCGUGGGCAGUUGAACCUGGAUGACAAUGUCACUGGGCUUCUUCCUGAACUCAAAGGUCUUCCUAUCUUGGCAAAGUUCGAUACAGGGGAUACACAGCCGACUAUGGCUGAGAAUACCAAGCCGAUCACUCUGAAACAUCUUCUCACUCACUCAUCUGGUCUCACAUACGACGUCUUCAGUCCAACGAUGAUGCGCUAUCGUAUUGUCGUUGAUAAGUUCACUCCUACUUUAAACAUAAAAAAGCCCCUUACGGAAGCAUUGAAGUUCCCGCUGGUCUUUGAACCAGGAGCUUCCUGGGAGUACAGUGUAGGUAUUGAUUGGGCUGGAUUUAUGGUUGAGCGCGUGUCCGGCAUGGAUUUGGAGACGUAUAUGAAGAAGAACAUUUGGGAUCCCCUUGGGGCUAGCUCUAUCACUUUCCACCCCAAGAAGAACCCCUCAACCUUUGCCAAUCUGACAGACAUGUCAGUCAGAUCCGGUGGUAUCACCCCUUUUGGCACAGCAGUCGACCCCGAAGCUCCUGUCGAGUACACAGCGGACAGGGUCUUCGGCCUCAACAUGCCCGACUGCUCCGGCGGUGCAGGACUCUAUGGGAAUAUCCUCGAUUACCAGAACUUGCUCCACAGCAUCUGUGCCGACGAUGGCAAGAUCCUGAAAAAAGAAACUGUCGAUUACAUGUUCCAAGACCAUCUAACCGCUGCGUCGAAAGCGGUGUUUAAUAAAAGACUUGAGGAUCCAGCACUCCGGGAGACUUUGGGGGGAGGUAUGAUGACGGGAAUGGAGAUCACCUACGGGCUGGGUGGUAUGAUAUUCCUGAAAGAUGUGGAAGGCGGGAGGAGAGCUGGUACGAUGGCAUGGGGAGGCUAUCCCAACCUGUUGUGGUUUUGUGAUAGGAAGGCUGGAUUAAGUGGGAUUGCAGGUGCUCAGGUAGUACCGGCGGGCGAUCCAAAAUUCAACCGCCUGUUUGCGCUGUGGGAGCAGGAGUUGUAUAAAAAAGCUGGGAAGGGGAAGUUGUGA